GAAGCAGACGGACUUGACCGUGGAGGGCAAUAUCGGCCAGCAGGGCGCCGAGGAGCAGGACAGCGACAAGGGCGCCAUUGAGGAGCUCGAGGCUGAGUCCGACGAGGGCACCGGCUCGGGCGACUCGAGCAGCGAGGGCGGCAAGAACGCUAAGCACAAGGAGAAGGUCAAG